CGCUAAGCUUCAUCUUCUACUUCUUCGUAAGGUCUAGAUGCUGCCUGUGACUGUGGAGGAGAGCAAGGCUCAACGUCUUCAGAGACAGCAAGCACGAUUCAGAGAUCGUGGAGGUGCAUUUGUUCCCUCGGAAAAGAAUGCCCUUAAGGAUAUUCUGUUGGCCCGCACCGUUUCUGGAGAGUCCCCUUCAAAAGUGGCCACGAAGUCACCCUAUCGCCACCGAAGCCAUAGCACAUCCCCAUCAAAGGCCAAACGCAACAAGACGACUAGUAAAGCCCAAGAGAGUCAUAUCAAGGACAGGGUUUCACGCUUGAAAACUAACACCGAGGAGCCAGCGGGCUUGGUUAGUGGAAACGCUGUGGCAGGUCCCUCUAUCGAGUCUGGAAGCAAAAUAUCGAAGGCGCAGACAAAGAAAAAAGCAGGUCAUACUACUCGCAAGGGUAAAGGAAAGGCCAAAGCUACUGACGGUAACGAUGUCUCAGAAGCAGAAACAACCAAAGUCAAACCUGCUCCAAAACGCCGAGGACGGCCGCCGAAGACCAAACCUCAAGCUGGUGAUCUUGAUAUUGACGCUAAUCUUGAACCAUUAAACCGAAAGACGCGGACGUCAAAGGCAAAACCACCUGACAUAUCUAAAGUCAAAGCCAAAUUAGCGGAGGCGCCUCGAUCAGACGACGAAGGCACUUUGGUAGAAGCUCCCCGACCAAAAACACAUUCUAAACGCAAGCCCGUUAUCGUCACAAUCGAAUCCGAUGAUGAGGAUGCGCAUAUGCCUGACAAUAAACCUGCAACCGCUGAGCCUUCCGUGAUUCCGAAGUCUGCUCACAAACAGCCCUCCGCCAAAGAGGCUCCACUUAAUCGAGCACAAGCCAAACGACGCACAGAGAAUCGCAAGGAGCACUCGGAUGAAGAGCCGACAGAUUCUUCUCAGACGCGGAAACAUUCCAAGUGGACAGAAGUCAAUGAGGAGUCUCCACACACAGUGAAAACAAAAACUUAUGGAUCUCUGAUCGUUGAUAUCCCCAUGAAGAAGUCUGCCACUAACCCCAAACGCAGCGCGCCUGAUGACGAUGUUAGCAGAGAUGUGAAACAACCUCUCAAGAAGCCCAAAGUGUCCAAAUCCCAAGGCGCUAAAUCUUCGCCUUUAUCCAACUCCGUUGCGGUGUCGAAACCUGAUGCGGAAGACUCUGCUGUCAGGAAACCUCAUUCAGCUAUGAAACAAAAUACAAAGAGGAAGAAGGAACGCCCACCGGAAUCGGAUGACGAAGAUCACAUGCCUAAGAAACCUGUUUCAAAGAAGGCAAGAUUUGAUGAAGAACCGAAGCCACGGUACGUCCUAUAACAAAAACUGGCUGAGCGCUCCCACAAUCUGCGGCUUCAGCGUGCAUAUUUCCUCCGUGAAACAAAAAGAGAACGCCAUUCCAUCGAGAAAGCCGAGGACGGAAAAGCCCAACUCCAAGUCCAAAUCCAGAGGUCCACCCAAGGAUGUCUUAGACCGCAUUAAGGCAAGCGCCACAUUGCAUCGAAUCGACGAUAGCGAGCCGGAUCCGCUUGACUGCCUGUCAUGACCACAUUGAAUAUUGUUCGCUCGGGAAGAAAUUUGCAUUAUGUACCAAUCAUAUACGUACACUAACACACUAGCCAAACUAUCUUCAGCGA